UGGCAGUGUUUGCUGUCUGAAUAUUAAUGAUGAGUAAGCUUGAGCUUGUGCGCUCAUAAUGAGCUUACUACUUGUUUGAGAUAAACACUUUACCAUGUAUAGGAAAAUAUGAGUUCAUCAAACAGAAAUGGCCCAGCAGGUUGUCAUAGCUCUCACAGGAACUACAAGUAUAGGCGACUAUCAAGUGUUGAAAAAGAUUCCGGAAACUGCUACAUCUCCUGUGAUGAAGAUGACGAAGAGUUAUUCACAUCUCGUGCAACUGAAUUAAAACGUAUUGGUGGUAAAAAUAGCAGCAAUGGAAGUAGUAUUACAACAGCCACUACAGCAAAGCUUUUAUCUGAUUAUGAGCAACUUGUUGAUCGACCCAUACAAAGUGGAGAAACUUUAGCAGGAAUUGCCAUUAAAUAUAGAAUCCCUGUAAGUAAUUGGUUUUAAAUAAUGUACAGUGCUGUACUGUACAUACAUGUACCUUUUAUAUUUAUAAAACUAUUUAUAACUAAUACUGUAUAUAGCUUCAAAUUUUCUUUAGGAAUACCUGUACAAUGAUACCUUGAUUUCAGGGAGUGAGUGUCAGGUAAUGCUGAUUAUCUUUUAAAUGAAAAAAAAAAUGAGAUCGUUUUGCAAUGUUUGUAAUGAUAACAGACAAUUUUCUAACCAUUGGACUUUAUCCAUUGUUGCUGGACAGUACCAUACAUUGUUGGGAAUAAAGUGGUUAAAAGUA